AUGCCGCGAGUAGCAGACAAGAUCAACGGUGUCAUCCCAAUGGUCCAAGGCAUCGGCGACCAGAUCAGCGGCUCGCUCAUGGAGACCCUCGACUCCUCCCUCUCAUCCAUCUCCAACGACCCCAGCGCCUCCCCCACGCACUCCCCGAGGCGGAGUCCAAACGCGGACCUAUGCAAAAAGGGCAAGGAGGAGUACCGCCAGCGCCCCGCGAAGGUUGCUGGCGUGCCCGCGACGGUCGGGGAUGGAAUACAGCCUGAGAAAGAGGGAGCGGAGGUGAGAGGGAGCGAGAGGCCGUCUAUCAACCCGCACGAGGUCGGGCAGGUGGGCCAUGGCACCGGAGCGUCGGGGCUGUACCGGGCGGCUGGAGGGUUUUGCACCCGGACGUCUGAACACGAUGCGCUGGCGUCCCUUGCCCAUCAAGUAUUCCGUCAGCGGCGGAUACGGCACCGACACACGGGGACUAGACGAGCGCCGGAGCCCGCCCAUCUGGGUGUCAAUACAAUCGCUCUAUGCACGGAGAAGGUGGAUAGCGGGCACUGCUCACCGUAUAAUCCUCGCCCCUCGCGCUGUAUAAAAUCCCUCCAAUCCUAUCCAUCAACGCACCCCUCGCCAACAAACUCACAACUCACCAUGCAUUUCCUCACCAUGCACCUCCCCCCCGCCCUCUUCGCCCUCGCGCUCCUCCCCCUCCCCCUCGCGCUCGGCACGCCCGGCCCCUUCAAGCGCGAGAACACCUGCCUGUGCGAGUCCCCCAGCGGGUGCCCCGGCCUCUGCGCGGGCGCGACGUGCGUCAACUACUGCGGGAACGGCGUCGCGCUCGCGUGCGCGGCGUGCGACGGAUUCAGCGGGAACUGUAUCAUGGACGCGGGCAGCGACGGGGGGUGCUUCACAGUCGUCGAGUGA